UUCCUCCCCUUACAUUGGUCCUGGUUUAAUUCUUUCGUACGGAUCGAAAAACCUCCUUCGAAUUUUGUAUUCACGCUCCUGCAAGAUAGCUGAGCUCGUUACUACCCUUUUACCUCCGCUGAUUCCUCACCACCAGGAGCUCUCGUCUCUGUGAUCGACGUCAUUCUCCGCCCUACAGUCGGCCUCGGAUAAAGAGGCCUUUCAGCCACGAUGGGUGUCAUCCACGCCCGCCGAGAGUGUGGAUAUAAUAGCUGGGGCGAUUGGGUCUGCAGGCCAAGUAGUUGGUAUGACUGGGGUCGUUGGGUAGCGUUUGCCGUCAUUGUUGGUUGUGCUUUCAUCAUAUUCUUUCUUUUUGCAUGCUAUAACGCUCGCCGCCGUCGCACUCGCGGCCUUCAACCUCAUCCGGGUACGGCAUGGCUUGCUGGCCCGCCUCCCUACGGACAACAUCAACAUCCUUACUAUGCAGACCCUCAUUAUCAGCAACAGCCACCGCCUCAGUACACACCCCAACCGCAAGCCUACGGCUAUUUUGGAGGACAGCAAACGGGCAUCGAGUUGCAGUCACCGCCGAAUGCGUAUCACAACGGCGCCGAGCGGGCCUACCAGCCACCGCCGGGCCCUCCACCCCCGAAUGCCAGCAAAGUAUAAACAUUUGUCGAGACCGGUAGUCGUUGAACGAGAUCUUAAUCCAAAACUUGAAAUGAUCGCAUGAUUCAGAUUCUGUUAUCACUGGCGUUGGUGUCUUCUUUUUGAAUCUCCUGCACCCCUGCUUCUUUGUCAAUACCCAGCAAGGAGGAUGCAGCCGAGAGCAUGUUUGAUGGGUCUAUGAGCUCCUUUGUGUUUGUUAUCAUACCUCGAUAUCUCCCUUUUAUUACUAUAAUGACCAUCCGAGCAAUUACGAUUCACAUUACUCCAAAGUUAGGGCUUGCAGCACGAGGUGCAGGCAUUUUCUUUGCGAAUCUGGCUC